UAUUAAAGGAGAUCGCCAAAUUGCAGACAUCCCGUGAGGGAAUCAGAAGUACGAAACCAAUCAGAGUUAAGAUAGUGUCAGCACAGCCUCCAAGGGAAUACACCAAUGCUAACAAUAAGAAGAUGGUUGUAGUGGAGGCAGUAAUUGCAGAUGACUCUGGAUUUAAGAAAUUGUCCUGUUACAACAGAGUUGCAUUUCCAUUCUUAAAGAAAGACAAUUCUAUUAUGCUGUUGAAUAUCAUUGGAAAGACACAAGAAAUUGUAGCAACAGGAGACAGCAAAAUUAUCAUGAUUCCGAAUGUGAGAGUGUCGGAAGAAAUUAUUUCUUCAGCACUGACAACACAAAAUAUCACAACUGCAAAAACCAUUACAUCUAUUGAGCAACUUUUAGAAGAAAAAGAAGGAACUGUUUUUAAUAUUAUUGGAAAAGUAAUUGAGCUGGAAAAGAAAAUUAAUGUCACAACACAGUGGAAUUCCACGGUUGACGUAAGAAAUGGGAAAAUAGCAGAUAAUACGGCAGCAAUCGAUUUUGCCUUUUGGCGAAAUUUGGCUGAUUUUCCAUUAAAAGAAGGGGAAGUAAUAAAAAUCACUAACGGUCAAAUGUCAAAAACAAGUUCCAACCUGCCAAAAAUCACUGGUGGAAGAUACACAGCUAUAGAGGUUAGUUAAAUUUGAUUACACCUUAUGAUAGUAAUCACUAUCAUUCAUGUCUAAAGUCUAAUAAUAUUUAAUAUCUAUU